UUUCCUUUUUUUUUAAAUCCCCUAUCCCCUCGCCAUCCAUCGUAUAGUGAAUUAUUAAAUCUUGCUCCGUUCCAAGAGAGGAGAUCAUGAUUGAGUGAAACCACCCUGUCCGCAGCAAGAAAAAGCACAAAGAAGAGACUUCAGCAAUGGCCAAGCUGACAGAAUCCAUGACUAAUGUCCUGGAGGGUGACUCCAUGGAUCAGGAUGUUGAGAGCCCUGUGACCAUUCAUCAGCCGAAGUUGCCUAAGCAGGCCAGGGACGACCUGCCAAGACACAUCAGCCGAGACCGGACCAAAAGGAAAAUCCAGAGGUAUGUGCGGAAAGAUGGAAAGUGCAACGUCCAUCAUGGCAACGUGAGGGAGACCUAUCGCUACCUGACUGAUAUCUUCACCACCUUAGUAGACCUCAAGUGGAGAUUCAAUCUGUUGAUUUUCGUCAUGGUUUACACAGUGACGUGGCUCUUUUUUGGGAUGAUCUGGUGGCUAAUUGCAUACAUCCGAGGAGAUAUGGACCACAUAGAGGACCCCUCAUGGACUCCCUGUGUCACCAACCUCAACGGGUUCGUCUCUGCUUUUUUAUUCUCAAUAGAGACAGAAACCACCAUUGGCUAUGGCUACCGGGUUAUCACAGACAAGUGCCCUGAGGGAAUUAUUCUCCUCUUAAUCCAAUCUGUGUUGGGGUCCAUUGUCAAUGCAUUCAUGGUGGGGUGCAUGUUUGUAAAAAUAUCGCAACCCAAGAAGAGGGCAGAGACCCUGGUUUUCUCCACCCACGCAGUGAUCUCCAUGCGGGAUGGGAAACUGUGCCUGAUGUUCCGAGUAGGGGAUCUUAGGAAUUCCCACAUUGUGGAGGCUUCCAUCAGAGCUAAGCUGAUCAAAUCCAAACAGACCGCGGAAGGGGAGUUCAUCCCCUUGAACCAGACGGAUAUCAAUGUAGGGUACUACACUGGGGAUGACCGUCUAUUUCUGGUGUCACCGCUCAUCAUCAGCCAUGAAAUUAACCAACAGAGUCCUUUCUGGGAGAUCUCCAAAGCCCAGCUACCCAAAGAGGAACUGGAAAUUGUGGUCAUCCUAGAAGGAAUGGUGGAAGCUACAGGGAUGACAUGCCAAGCGAGAAGCUCCUACAUCACCAGUGAGAUCCUGUGGGGUCAUCGGUUCACCCCUGUCCUGACAUUGGAGGAUGGGUUCUAUGAAGUCGACUACAACAGCUUCCACGAGACCUAUGAGACCAGCACCCCCUCUCUCAGUGCCAAAGAGCUGGCUGAGCUAGCUAGCAGGGCAGAGCUGCCCCUCAGUUGGUCUGUAUCCAGCAAACUCAACCAACAUGCAGAACUGGAGACCGAAGAUGAAGAAAAGAACCAGGAGGAGCAGACGGAACGGAACGGUGACGUGGCAAACCUAGAGAACGAAUCCAAAGUUUAGCCCCCUAGCUGGGCGACUCCUUCUCCUCUCCCCCCACACAACCCUUCCUUGUCUCUCAUUCUUUUUCUUUUCUGUCUCUCUUGCUUUGUUCUUAACUUACAUUUAAUUUUGGCAUCACUAGAAAACAAAUCUUCAAGGUGUAAAAUAUCUACCUGCCCUCUCUCAGUUACCCAGAUUGACAAGGUAGACACAGAUCUGAUCAAGGUGCAAUGCGCCCUCAUUUGGGGCCCAAGUCUGCUCUCCUCCCUAAACACCACACAUCCAACUCCUGGGGAUUUAAACUACUUACCUGCAUGUGUUGUACAAUACCAGAUCACUCAAAAGAAUGUGUCAGAGAUUUUACCUGGGAAAUGACAAUUUAGGUCUCUGGUGCCUAUUUACUCAUGUGGUGAGACAUAGAGUAUAGCCCUUAAUUUUAUAGAUGCCAAUAAAUUCCAUCUACAAGGCAAGGUGCUUGUCCUAUGUGGGCAUUGCAGUUUUAGGACCCAGGUGAGGUAAAGACAAAACACUGUACAUAUAUAUGCCUUAUGUAACUAUUUUCUUUUUGCAGUUAAUAAUAAAACCCAGCAUGUACAAAAGUACUAUAGAACACAACUUCUAAAUAAUGUACAUAGAUGUAAAAUUAAUGUAAGUUUAGAUAUAUAACUUUAGAAAUAAGAUGCAAAAAAAGGGAUUCCCAACAUACAGUAAGCAUUUCUGCUCUGAUGUCUUUGUUUUCUGAAAUUUUUAGUCCCUUUGACACUGUCCCUUUAGUGCAUGGCCUUUGUUCCAUGUCCCAGACUGGCAGCCAUUUGGGUACGUCACUGUUCCCUUGUUUAUCCUUUCAUUAAAUCUAAUAAGCCAUAGGUCUGGGGGAAGUUGGGAGGUCCAGCAGAUGACAAAAACCACCACCAAUCUGCUGAUAUACUGUGAAAUGUUUACAAAACUGAGGUCUCUUUUUUUAAGAUAAAAAGAACCUCACUGACUAGCCUGGGGAGAAUUCCAGGAAGAGGACACCCUCUGACGUGUCACCAAUAGUGUGUCUAUGCUUUGUACGUGAGUGUUCUCCCUCUGUAGUACAAUAGUUCGGAAAAUUUCUGCUAAACUACCGAUGCUCCAGCUGUUCACUGUGUAAUCAUGAAAAACUACAGACUAUUCAAAAUAACACAUGGUAAGUAAGCAGUAGAUGGUUUGAGUCUAAGCCGUGUAAUUCAUGAAGGCAAGCAGUGGGUGACAUACUGUAAUCAUUGACCUCACACACUUUGACUCCAUCCAGCACUCCUCUUGUCCCUGGGGGCUUAUCCAUCAGCAUUUCUUGGAUUGAUAUUUGUUAUUAUUUUUCUUUUAUUAUUAUAGAAUGACCAGAGUUCAAUAUUCAAAGAUUAGAUCAACAACCUUGGUAACUAUCUAAAAAAUUCUCUCUAGAAUAUGCCAUACGAUCAAAGUCAAGUCCAAAGUGUCUCCCAAUCAAAAAAACACAAACAAAAACUGCAGCCUAACUCAUCUGACUAUCUGCAAAGAUAAAUGAAGAAAGGAAAAGAAAAGAAAAAGAAAGAAAGGGAGAAGAGAAGGAAGGAAGGAAAGAAUUUUAUACCAAAAAUCUAAAUUUCAAAAUGAAAAAAGUUUCAAAUGAAAAUAUUAAAAAAGGAAGAGAAUCUUAGAAAAAAACCUCAAGGGCAGGUGGAGAUUUUGCACUGUAACAGAUCUUUCAUGUUAAUAUCAUAAUUUUAAACUGUUUGCUCCCUAACACAGUUGCCAUCAUAAAUAUUCACUGACUGUAUUCAAGUUCAUUUCCAGCUCCUACAGCUGCGCUGUUUGAGGCUUCACACCACGGGGACUGAAGAGCCCAAACUAGCUGCCCCUCCCUGUCGCCCUUGCCUUCCCUGACCAGAGCACAAUGGCUUUUCCUGUAGUUUGGGCACUUUGUCUAUUCAAAAGCAUGCCCCAGAGGUAAGGAGAGUGGCCCCUCAGUUUAACAUGGGGGUCUCUCUUCUCCCAUUUCCAAGACCUUGCAUCAAGACGACUGCUUCUUAGCACUAACCUUAUGGAAAACAAAACUGUUGGCCACAGCCCUUUCCUGUUUGCCAGUAUUUCAUUUUUUGCAUUGAAUAUCUGUUGAAUCCUUUAUUCAUUCCACACACUCUAAGGAGGAGGUUGUACCUGGGGAGUAGGAGGGAGCCCCCUUCAUUUCCUGCCAGGCUGUGGAGGGGUUACUAUGGCCUUCCCUUGCUGUAGCCUUAUGAAGGGCCAUUGGUUUGAGGCUGCUAACCCUGCUGCAGCAAGGCAGGGGAGCACAAAGCAAGAUGAAGCAGGGGCUGCAGAAAGUCUGCUACUGCAGCUCUUGAAGACUCAAUGGGCCUUUUUAAUUGUUAACUGGGUUUAAAGAAUGGCACACCCUGUUGUUUGGUGGGAAGAGCAGAGCUGGGCCCUUUAGCACAAGUGAACCAAGAGCCUUAACAACUGUUGGGUCACCCACGCGAGUCAGUUCUGCACAUGUGACGGGCACAGGGUGUGAAGUCUCUCCCUGUUCUCACUGUCUUUGGUGUCAGUGUAGCUGGAGACAGAACAUGAACCAAAUCUCAUUUUGUAAUGUGAGCCUCUGAAUCUUUAAACGAAGUUGCUCCAGAAAAACCUUUUACUAGAAUGUCCCUAUCAAACAUGUCUAUUUUUCUACAAUUAUUGAUAACACAGUUUAACAGUGUAUUUUGUGUCAGCUGUUAAAUUUGGAACUGAAAGAAACUCAUUAAGACUGAAUUUUCUAAGCAGCAAGUAUUGAAUGGUGUUUUUCAUUAAGGCAGUUCAACAGAGACGACCCCACAAUUUCUACCCAUUCUAAUUGCUCCAUAUGCAGUCCCCGUUCACUUUUUCAGCAAAUCAAGUGCUGUGAAAAUAAAGAAGCCUAUUGUAGUGCAACAAUACCCAUAGCUAAUGGGGAAUACUCUCAACUUGACAUUUCAGUCUGCCUGGUUGGUGUAUUUGAGUCACUUUUCCUUAAAAGCAUGGGGGGAUCCAUUAGUCAAAUAUGAACUAUGAACUAAAGGGUUAUGGUUUGCCAUAGCUGAUCCCAAUCUGGAAAAAAGGGCAGAUUCAGCAGGAAGCUUGACCUUCCCAAGGGCUUCUGAGACCCUCAGAUUCUCACUUCUACCCACCCCAACGUGCUUUCCAACUGGAAGAGUACCUACUCACUUGUAAGUCAACUUUAUGUCACAAAUACAAUUGUUUAUGUUUAUAGCUGCCCCAUGGGGGAACUAUUUGCUUUUGUAUUAACACGUUUGCCAUCACUGUAAUGUCAGGUCAUUGUUUUUCCAUUCCUUCAAAAUAUGGCAUUCCAGCCUAUUGAUCCAACAUAGAGCCACUCCAUGUCCCCGAGAAGGAAUUCCUUCUUCCCCUACUCCUCUCCUCCACCUGCCCCUCUCUAUCGCGCUUUCCCUACUUCUACAGUACCAGGUCCGUUGAUUUAGUUCAGUAUCUUUUGUUGCCUCACAGAAACCCAGCUACUGUCUCUAAAACUGUCAACCUGUUUCCUAAGCACAAUUUUCUCUUGUGGGUUUAACCAAACUAGGGUGUUCUGAAAUGUCUGUUUUUCAUUGUACUCUGAUUUAAAAUGUAUUUAUUGGUUCAUUUAAAAGCCUAAAUUUUGAAGUCUCCAGAGCAACAUCCUUAUGUUUUCUCUUCCUACAUUUUCUUACAUUUCAGGUUUUCACCUUUUCCCCUUUGUUUUUAUUUAGAUUUAAGCCAAUAUCUUUUGGAUGUUCAUUAACAGUUCAUACAGGUAUGAACUUAGACAGGGAAAGAAACUCUUAAAAAAUACCAUUAGAAUAAUACCUUAACUCACCAAAAUAAUGUGAAAACAUUUGAUUAACUGAGUGAUUCAAGAUUUUUUUUUUAAUAUUAAUAGUCACUUCCAAGACAGCUUACCAAUAGUCUGACUAGUUGUCAUUCUUUCCUUGACUUGGGUGAUAAUCUAUGUGGUGCAGAAGAAUCAAAUGGGUAGUUGAAAAUUAAAUGCCUUACAUAUAUUGCAGACACUACGUUCCAUGAUAUCCUUUCAUAAUCGCUAGAAAGUCAAAAAACAUAGGCAGCAUAUAUAAUAGAUGAUUCAUUAAUAUUGCAUUACAAUGUAGUAAAAUAUGUUAUCUUGUUUCUAGACCUUAUGGCCAACCUGCAUUUAAGAAAAUGUUAUCCUUUAAUUUAAAGUGGAGUAAAACAUACUUCUUAAUAUUUCUGCCCUAAUGUCUUGGAGAGCUUCUCAUGCAGUGUCUUACAGAAGUCAAAACUCUGUCAGGCUACUGAGAGAUCUUGACAAAGCACAAUAUCAAUACAUAACACAAUAAUAAUGAAAAAGCAUUGUACCCUACAUUGUGUAGUGUUUGAAGCAUUCGGAGCACCCUAUGUCAUUUAAUUCUAAUCCACCAUCACAGCUUGAGUAUUAUAAUUUACAUUUUAUAGAAGGAAAACUAGGGUUUGGGCAAACUGAGUAAAUUCUCCAAGGUUAUAAGGCCCAAAAAUCAUAGAUCUUGAUUUCAAAUCCAGAUGCCAAUAAGCCAUGAAUAUUUUCUACUACAGACAAGUGGCAGGAAACCAAAUCUGUUCACACACUCUUUUUGCAUCACUUGCAAGCAAAGAACGAUUUUUACAUUUUUAAGUGGUUGGGGGUAAAAAACAAAAGAAGAACAUUUUAUGACAUGAAAAUUAUAUGAAAUUCAAAUGACAGUGUCCAUAAAUAAAGCUUUAUUGGAACACAGCACCCAUUCAUUUCUGUUGCCCAUGACUGCCUUCAUGCUAUACUAGCAGAGAUGAGUAAUUAAGGCAGAGAUCUUAUGAACAGAAGACUAAAAUAUCACUAUCUGGCCCCUUACAGGAAAAGUUUGCCAACCACCAUGACAUACCAUUAAAUACCAUUAGUACUAUUAAUUAUUAAGUACUGUACUGUACUAUUAAGAGAUUCCUGGGAAACUUAGAACAAUGACAUUCUUUUCCAGUAUAAAAUCUACUGCAGUCACUCAUAGGUCUGUUUGAAGAAGAAAUACCACACUUUUUUGGUAAGAGGGACAACAGCUUCAAGGAAUUUUGAAAGCCCAAACAGAUCUCAAAGAAAUUAGUUGGGUCUCAAAGAAAGACUUCUUCCUUUUUAAAACCAUUCCUUCAGGGUAAUAAAUCAACAGCCAUCCAAUAUUCAGUGGCCAACUCAGAAAGUGACAUGGUAAAACUACUCGUUAAUGAACAAAAAAGAAAUAGGAAUCCCUAGUCCAGCAGCUGAGACAUUGCUUCACUGGUAUCCUUAGGCAUUUAAGUACAUAGAUAGUUGGGACAUGAGUCUUUGCUCCGUGGGGUGAAUUAGAUUUGCAGGGGUUUCUGCACACCGACCCAGCUUCCAGUCCCUCGCAGGCCUUCUUUCUUAUGCUUUCUUGGAGGAGAACUGACUAGACUGUUGAACUGUGUCUGUUUCCUUGCUAGUUUUCUCUAGCCUACAAUCAAUCAAUGCGAUCAAGAUAAACCUUGAACUACUGCUUGCAUUUAAUUGUAGUAGUUCUGAUUCUCUCUCGCCACUAGGUUAAAAGCAUAACAUGCAAGUAGAGAACUAAAUGCUUCUCUUGGAAAACCAAGAGGUUCUUUGUAAAGAGCUCACAGAAAAAGAGGAGGGUUUUGGGGGCUGUUUGCCACCAUUCUGAGUCUAAAGAUAAAGAUUGGUAAUUAGAAUAAUAUUGGAUGAAAGAAAUCCAGACAGUGGGGUUUUGAGAUAAGUCAAUAUUAAAUGACAUUCUUUAGUAUCACUAAGAUGAACUCACUUGUGUUCUAAGGAAGCAUUUCCAAAGCCAGACAUAGGACAGCCAAGCUAGGUUCUUUAUCUCUUCAGUUCUAUUGAAAAAUAAAUUGCUAUUUUAUGAGUGCUUUCCUGGAAAUAAGGUGGGAAAGAAAAGAAUUUUUUAACAAACUAUUUUGACAUUGUAUUGCUGAUAGAUAAAUGAGGGAUAUUGAGAUAGAUUUGGCCCUGUAUCUGAAACUAGGUAGUAAUGGUAUCCUCAAUAUAAAUCAUGCAGAGAGCUUGCAACUCUGCAACUGCAUGGAACAGGAUAAUAACUAAGUAGGGGGAAAAAAGAAAGCUCAAAUUUCAAUACCAAAAAACUUAAAUAAAUGUAAAAGGAGUCAAACUUUUACUUGGCCUCAUUGCCUUGGUAAAAGAAAGCUUCCUAAUUCAAAUAGGAAAGUCCUGGGGAAAUGAGGACACAAUUAAGACAUGCAAGAAUAACUUGUUGAGGUGGUCAAUAUGAUUAAGAGGUGGAGAUUCACUGUCAAUGAAAAUAGUAUUUAUAAAGUUAUUUUUAGACACUACCCCUCUAGAGUUGAAUCCUAACAUGCUCUGUGUUCAGCCAGAAUUGUGACCACACAGGCAACAUAUCUUAACUUCAGAGAACAAAAUAUUCCUACUGUCCAAGCAUAAUUGACCAUUUCAAGAUUAAGACUCUGUACCCAUUGUAUUAACACAGUCAUAAAUGCUGUGAUAUCAACCAUCCAAUCUUUAUAAGAAUUAGAAGGGCUGUUUUUCUCAGGCAGUGUAAAUAUCUGCUACCAACAGACACUAGUGAAAUAAACAUGAAAUCCAAUAUCAUUUCUAAAAUUCUGAUAGAAAUCAUAAAACAUCCACAAAAAGAGCAAGAUAUCCCAGGAGUCUAAGUUCAGACCUCUUUGGCUUCUAAAACCCCAGUACAGACUGAAUGCCUAAUGGAGUAUAUAGUGCUGGAUCUAACCCCACUAACACAAGUAUCAGAACUGGGUCACCUGGAGCACAGAAAGCUGGGUUCCCAUUAGCUGUGCAUGAACAGAAACUCUGCCUCCUUGGCCAGCAUUCUUAGGGUAGAAGAAGGGGCACUGACCUCAGAUCCAGCCACCGCAGGUGCCAUUCUGACAUCAUCUCUUAGUAUGGCUGCAUGUGGGUGUGGGUAUGAGAAAUACCCUCCCUUGGUUCAGCCUUGACCAUGCCCACCUGCUGUGGGCUUUCUGGGUGGGCCUGUCCCUCCAGGUCUCGUUCCUGCCCGUCUAGACAAUGACCCCUGACAGAAAUGUCUACUGGGGACCCUGUGUCUUUUGAGUUUAUCUUGGCAGGCAUCCUUACCCCCAAAGAGUGACCACCUGGAUCAGGGAUGAAAACCCUCCCUUUAAGAGCUGAAGGCCUUUUGAAUCCCCUACGCACAGGAGUGGUCCUCACAUACCUAAGUAAAAAUAAAAAAAUACUAACACAUAAGUGGAAUAAGUAAGGAAGUCCAAAAAAGUACCCAUUUUCCCAUGAUGACUACCUCAGUGCUUUUUCCUUUACAUAUCUAAUUCUUCAACAUCUAGAAAUUCUCUUUUUGGUAUCAUGAUGCUGUGAGCACAAACUUCAUGGGCUUAUGGGGCAAUCCCUUGUGCCAAAGGGAGAGCUAGACUUUUCCAGUUUGAACCCACCUAAAAACCAGUAUCAAUGCCACUUGAUCAAGAAAUGUCACAUCCCUCCCUUUCUCUGACAGCCACCAAAUGAGAACAGCCGUGUCAAAAAUCCCUUUAUUUGCAAGGACUCCCCUGGUCCACAACACUUGAACACGUGACUUAUGCUGCCCCAGGUGCGCACACAGCCUCCACAUCAUCGCAGGUCAUCUCCCCGAACAUUCUACCCAGCUCCUCUUUCUGAGUUCCUUCCUCUGCUUACCACCAAAACUGGUCUUUCCCGGCACCUUCCUCUGAGUCCUCAUUCCAUUCUUGACCGGCAGCCAAGAAGCAAUCACUGGGGCUAGUCUUAACUCUUAUGCUUAAUUGUCCAUCCCCAGUUUAACUGAGCAUGUAAUAUGCUCAGAGUCUGACCACCUGAGAUCAAAAAGGCAGAAUAUUUUGUUCCUGCCCCAUAAACGCCUUGAAAGGCCUUGAGCGUUGAUUGGGCAUUAGGACAUCAGUCAACAACUGAACAGAGUAUUAAGAGAGGCCUUGUGCCAAAGGGAGAGCUGACUGUUCUGGGGGAAUCUUCUUACCCUUUGCAGCAUGUGAUCAGGCUAAGCUUGCCAAAGAUGGUCCUGGACAUCUUUAUUCACCCCAGUGGCUCCAUGUCUCAAAGAAGAGCCACACAGAGACAAAAGUGGCUUCUCACACGUGUACAGGAUUCUGAAAUGAUUACCCAGACAUCUGCCUAUGUCGGCAAAGUGGUCUUUCCUCCCCACCCCGUCUGCGGACCGUGCUCUGGCCCCUGUGGGGCCUGGUCACCCAGGACAUGCAGGGCUGCAACCAGGGCAGCCUGCAGCCUGUGAGCAUGCACUUCUCCAUGGAGUCCCCAAGGGGAGCCGGCAGAGGUCCCAAGGGGCUGAAGUCCCAGGGCUGCCCCGCCUACUGAGAGGCUUGGGGGAAGCUAAGGAGACACGGGGCAGUGCCCAGGCAAAUGAGUACUCCUUCACCCCACCAGGUGUUGAAUAUCCCUUCUUCCUAGGAUGGCAUGCACGUAGGUAGCCAAACUGCUCCUAAGAAAGCUAUUCCUUAAGCCAACAUCUCCAUCACACACACACACACACACACACACACACACACACACACAAAAUCACAGUCACCUUUAAAAAAAAAAGAUUCCAAAACUAAAUUCACAUAAUCUGAUGUAACAGAGGUCCAAAGAGCUAUCAUUUUAUUAAUCAUUAAAUAAACCCUGCCUAAAGAUUAAGACUGGUCCAAAUCAAACAGUUAAAUAGUUUUCAAUAAUAAACCCAAAUAUAAACAAAAGCAAUCUAAAAAUUUUACUUACAAAUUGGUUUAGAAAACAUGAUUUCAAAUCAGAGAUGUUUAUUUUUACCCCCAGGGUGCAAAGUCUCCCAGAACACUAUUUCUCUGUCAACUUGCCAUUUUCCAUCUGCUUUGAACCUGAGAAUAGACUCAUUUUCAUUGGCAUUAAAAAGUGAAGUGGAAUUCAGGACUGAACUCUCGGAGUUAAAUUCAGCCUCCCCCUGUGAACCAGACAGGAAUGAACUCUGCUAACCGGGAACAACUCUGAGGCAAACCCCACUGGACACUGACCUCUGGGAAAUUUUGGACAUGGUGGUGCUUAAGAUGAUGGCCUGCUUUCAAAGACAGGGUAUUAGUGUUUCAACCUCUGAGUCUUGCCCACAUUGAGCAAGUCAGGCCACAUGAGACCCCAAAGUCUACAGCUCACCUGGUUAGCUGGCUGUGUCCACAGGGGGCACUAGGGAAUAAAGCGGAACUUUCCACAACCUGAACAACUGCACCGGAAGACUUCACUCCCAUCUUUUCUCUAAUUCUGUUACAAGAGGCACCAACAAGACAUGUGGCCUGUUAAUGCCAUGGUUCUCCUCUAUUUGUAUAUUCAUGUAGUUUUUUUUUUCCUUUUCUAAAAGAGAGAUGACUCCUCUGAUCACUACACAAUACAGAGGUAAUAUUCUCAGUCCUCUGUAACUAACACAUUAAUAAAUGCAACAACCCUUUCCCCAUAUACAUACAUACAUACAUGUAUUCACAUAUACAUACAUACACACAUGCAUACAUAUACACAAAUACACAUACACUGAUGCACACACACACACACACACACACACACACACACACACAUUUAUCCUUUCCAAUCGGGUAUGAGCUGGUCCACAUAAAUGAAUUUCCAGAAAGCCAAAGCUUGGAGAAUAACAACCAUUUUCCCCCACCAUCACUGUGGUAUUCUUUCUAAACUGUACCAUACACUUCCCUGAAUCUACAGUCAAUGGAUCAUAAAGUAGUCUUUCUUUUCAUUGUUUUGCAGGAAACCUGGAUUCAGUCUGAGAAGACCAGGAUUCUGGGUCCUGGUUUGACUAGAGAUAAGCCAUGUGGUCUUGAAUUAAACCACUGAACUUCUCUGAAAUCAUUUUCUCCUUUUUCUAAUUAAUCAAUUAUUUUUAGAGCAGUUUUAGGUUCACAUCAAAAUUGAGUGGAAAGUGUAGAGAGUUCUCAUAUACCCCCCUGUCCCCUCCAGACACAACCUCCCCCAUUAUCAGCAUCUCACACCAUUGUGAUACCUAUGUUACACUUGAUAAACUGACAUUGGGCUCAUCAUUAUCACCCAAAGUCCGCAGUUUACAUUAGGGUUCAGUCUUGGCAUUGCACAUUCUGUGAGUUUUGAGUAUUGUAAAAUACAUACUGAGAUGUAUCCACCAUUGUAGUAUCAUACAAAAUAGCUUCAUGCCCAAAAACUCUUCUGUGUUCUAUUCAUUGCUCUCUCUCCCCACAACCCUUGGCAACUACUGACCUUUUAUUGUCUCAUAGUUUUGCCUUUUCCACAAAGCCAAGUGGUUGGAAUCAUACAAUAUAUAGCCUAUUCUGAUUAGUUUCUUUCAUUUAGUAAUUUAUAUUUAAGGUUCCUCCAAGUCUUUUUAUGGCUAGAUACCUUAUCUCUUUUUCCUGUUGAAUAAUAUUCCAUUAUCUAGAUGGAACACUAUUUAUCUAUUCACUUACUAAAGGAUAUUUUGGUUGUUUUGAAGUUUUGGCAGUGAUGAAUAAAGCUGUUCUAAACAUUUGUGUGCAGGUUUUUGUGUAGACAUUAAGUUUUGAUUCAUUUGGGUAAAUAUAAUGGAUCAUGAAUUCCAGAUCGUAUGACAAAACUGUGACUAGUUUUGUAAGAAACUGCCAAACUCUCUUCCAAAAAGGCUGCACCAUUUUACAUUCCCACCAACGAUGAAUGAAUGCUCCUGUUGUUCCAUAUCCUUGUUGGCAUUUAGAGUCAUCUUUGUUUUGGUUUUUGGCCAUUCUAAUAGGCGUACACUGGUAUCUCAUUAUUCUUUUCAUUUGCAUUUC